AUGCACCCGGCCGUGGCGGUGGGGUUGGUGUUCGGCGGCUGCUGCAGCAACGUGGUGUUCCUGGAGCUGCUGGCCAGGCAGUUUCCAGGAUGUGGGAACAUAGUGACAUUCUCCCAGUUCCUGUUUAUCGCGGUGGAAGGCUUUAUCUUCGAAGCCAACUUUGGGAGGAAGAGGCCGGCCAUACCAAUAAGGUACUACUUCAUCAUGGUGGCUAUGUUUUUCACUGUCAGUGUGGUGAAUAACUAUGCCCUGAACUUAAAUAUCGCCAUGCCGCUGCACAUGAUCUUCCGAUCAGGCUCUCUCAUAGCAAGCAUGGCUCUAGGUAUCAUCAUUUUGAAGAAAAGAUACAGCGUAUCUAAAUACACGUCCAUAGCCCUGGUGUCUGUGGGGAUCUUUACCUGCACUUUCAUGUCUGCAAAGCAAGUGGCAUCUGACUCCAGCUUAAAUGAAGAGGACGGACUCCAGGUUUUCUUGUGGUGGCUGCUGGGGAUUGCUGCGCUCACCUUUGCCCUCCUCAUGUCUGCCAGGAUGGGGAUUUUCCAGGAGAUGCUGUACAAGCAGUUUGGAAAACACUCCAAAGAGGCUCUUUUUUACAACCACGCGUUACCACUCCCAGGAUUUCUCCUCCUUGCCCCAAACAUCUACCACCAUGCUGUCCUCUUCAGCCAGUCCGAGCCCUUCCAGGUCCCAGUGAUCGGGCUGACCCUGCCAAUCAUGUGGUUCUACCUCCUCAUGAACGUCAUCACUCAAUAUGUCUGCAUCCGAGGCGUCUUCAUCCUGACCACGGAGUGCACCUCCCUCACUGUCACGCUGGUGGUGACGCUGCGCAAGUUCGUCAGCCUCAUCUUCUCCAUCCUCUACUUCCGUAACCCCUUCACGGCCUGGCACUGGCUGGGCACCGCCUUCGUCUUCGUGGGGACUCUCAUGUACACGGAGGUGUGGAACAGCCUCGGGCCCUUCCUGGCCCGCUGGAGGAAGAGGCCGAAGGAGGAGUAACAGCCAGGGACUCUCUGCAGGGACCUUUUUAAUUGUUUUAUAGAGCAGAGCAGCAGGGAAUCCCCCAGAGGGGGGUUGUUUUUAUAACACAGGGGAGGUGCUGGCUGUGCCAAGCUCCUGGGAAACAUGGAGCCACCGCUGGGAACCGACCUGAAACGGAUCACGGAGAGGCGAUACGGUUAUUUUUGCAAGGUUGCAUUUUUUUUUAUGCAAUCCCUUUUGCUUCCAACCUCUCCCCCUGUUUGUUCUUUUUUUUUUUUUUUUUUUUUUUUUUUUUCAUUUGAAUAACCCUUUUAAAUGUAAAAGCUGACCCAGUUCUCUUAGGAGCCCAACCUUGUUGUGGUGCUGUUGUCCACUCCUCCCAACUUUGAUGAGCUGUACCCUGAGCCUCUUUGGUGCCGUCCUUUAAUGUCCAGGUGGCCGUGGAGGGUGGCUGAGCCCCAGGGAGCUGCUGUUUGUGCAGUUAGUUACACUGGAAAGGCAGCGCCUGGCUGUUAACCUGAGUCCCCGUUGCCUGAUCCUACCACCUGUGCUGGAACGGUGUUGGAUGCACCUGUAGCAGGAGCCCACCAGUCUGCCCAGUAGAUCCUCCACUGGGGAAUGGCUCAGGGGGCUGAUUCCCAAACCACCAAGCCCCCAUCAGUAGUAGCAGGGCCUAGUUGGGAGCCUGAGGAAAUCAAAAAGGGGUGAUGCUACGGGGACCGAAAGUGCCACUGUGUCACCUCCACAGCCUUCUCAGGGAGACGGUGAAGCGCUGUUGAGGCUUCACUGAGUCCUCAGACGUUGCCCUGAUACUUCAGGAGGCAGAGGGUGUUGUGCGUUCCUCCUGCUUUCCUUAGGCCCUCAGUGCAGGGCACUUUUCAGUCGCUUCCUACUUCUUCCCUCGUGACAAGCAUGUUCAGUGGGCGUCGUUACGGGCUUCCAGCUGCAGCAAACUGCUGAGCCCCCAGCACGCCUGUGGGGCCACAGCUCCAGCCCAACCUCAGGGGUCAGGUGACGCCAAGAAUCUUAAGAAGGGCCAGUAGAGCUGAGCUUAUUUCUGCUGCUGAGGGAGGGUCUGUACUUCCUUUCCUUUCACUUUUCCCCUUCUCCCACCCCUUGGGCAUCAGCUUCUCUUAUGGCAUUUCUGUGCAUCGUAGCAGCAUCCACCUGGUGCAGGGCCGGUGUCCCUCAGUGUCACCUAUCACCAGGGGCAGGAGCGGCCUUCGGGAGCUCUGCGGGGCUGUCCCCAUGCGUGUGUCUCCCAGCAAGGUGAGGAGCAGCAGCUGCAUCUCUUCUGAGCUCAGUGUUGGGCAGAGCCAGGGUGAGCGCGCAGCCUUGGCUCGGUCUUAGCGCCGCAGGGAGCUGUUUUGUGCUGCUUCGUUUUUCCUGGAGCACCUUGUUUCUGUCAUCCUGAUCCUGUUCCUGCUCAGCCGUGACAAUUGGGGCAUCCAGCAACAUCAACCUGAUUGACAUCUUGGCCAAGUAAGGACGAUACCUCCGUUAUUCCUUCACCCAAUGUCCCGAUGGCUCCCGGCCUCGAUGUUUACAACCCUUCCAACGUUAAACCUGGCCUUGUGGUGGGUUAACCCCAGACAGUGCAUGGCUGCUCACUGACCCCCACAGUGCAACCAGGGAGCAGGGAAUAAGAGCAAACCCAAGAAAAUGGGUGAAUAAAGAUGGUUUAGAGUAGAGAUAAAGGUGGUUUCACAGCAAAGGAAAGAAGGGGAAAAGACCCCCAAGUGAUGCAGCCACCUACCCUCCGUGCCCAGCCAGUCCCCGAGCAAUGGCCACCUUCCCAAAAAACACCUUUCCAUCCCUUUUUAUUGCUGAUUUUUAUCUGCAUCAGCUUCUUGCUUACCCAUGGCCUAAUCAUCAGUGGGGAGCUGAGUGGGGAAAAAAGGGAAAGCCUUGAUGCUGUGCGCACACUGAAGCACUGGUUUCCAACUGGUGUUGCCAACGCUCUUCUAGCCACAAAUCCAAAGCCCAGCACCGUAGGGGCUGCUAUGGAAAAAGUUAAUUCCAACCCAAGCAGAGCCAGUAUGAUGCUGAUGGGACCUGCAGCUUGCUCCUGCCUGGGAUGCUGCAGAGUUUUCCCUUCUGGUUUUGAUUUCCCCUGAGCCUGAAUAAAACCCCUCUUGUAUUUUGAGUGUCAAACGUAGGAUGUUUCCAAGGAUUUUGUAGAUGGAGAGACUGUUUCCUGAUGCAGGUCAGCUCUCACUUCCAGCUGUUUGCACAGGCUCCAGGAAGGACCCAGAGAGAGGCAAAACCUUUAUCCCUCAUCUGGAUCUUCAGAGAUACUUACCCGGAGCUUCAGCUGAGACAGGGAGGUAGGCAACACAAAUAUCAGCACCGAAGCAUUAGGGGUGAGCUGGUGGGGUUCAUCGAAGCUUCGAACUCACGGGUGUAACCCCAGGCUGGGGGCAGGAGCCCGGCUGGGCAGCGGGAGCUGUAACUGCUGUCGGGCUGGGGUCUGAGCUAAGCAAUAGCUGAGCAGGUGCCUGAGCACGUGUAACAUACUGUACAUAGCCCACUUGCUCUUUGUAGCGAGGAAAUUGCAUGUUGUCUCCCAUUCCUGUGUGAUGCUGGUAGGUCUGGGGAUGUCGGGGUUCCUCUUUUUUUUUAACCGUGUGCUGUACUCGGUCUUCGCUGCAAUCAGGUGUCAACGAUGGGUUAUUAUUUGUUGUUGUCAGGGGUAUUUUUUUUUAACUUUACAGUGUGAUCUCUGUGUUUCUCAAUAUUUAUAAUGGUUACAGCAUCACGGAAGUGAGAGCAGUUCCCUUCCAGCUGUAGCAGAGCGGGUGAGCUUGCCCAGUUGUGAGCUGGAGGAAAGGUCCAAGCAGAAAAGUCCCGUUAGUCAAAACUAGUAUUUUAAUCCAGGGCUCCCCCCCUCAAAAAAAAAAAAAAUGGGGCUACUGAUUUGUUUUGUUUUAACGUUUGCUGUUGAGAUAGUAGCACAUAUUUUUUAGCACAGAGGCUGUAAAAGUGGGUGAGCCAAAAUACUUUUUGAACGGUGUUCUGGAUUUGCAGAGCUUUUGGGUUGGCUGGUUGGGUUUAGGGGGGAAUUUUUGUUGUUGUUUUUUUAAAAACAAAAUAAAUGUGUCCUCUUCA